AUGGGGGUGGGUGAUUAUGUCCACUCGAAAGAAGGUGGGCAGCCUCGCGGAGCCCCCAGCACACUUACGGCCCAGUCGCGCCAGCAACGUGCAGAUUUGGCCAGAGUUGAAGUACCCCCCAUGCAUUUCGGUCCAGGUACUACGGCCAGCAAUGGCAGAGGCGGACCGCUAGAAUCCCAUGUGGUGUCUCAAUUCCCAAACCAGCCCCGCACAAUUACUCCGCAUGGAGAAAUUCGGGACAGGGGUGUGUUUGAUACUGAUGUGGAGGCAAUCGAUGAUUCAACCGUUGCAGGUACAAGCGUCUAUGGAUUUGAGGACAACAAAUCCCAGGCAGCAUCGAGCAGCAAUGCAGCUUACACCAACCAUGAUUCGCAGCCCAUGUACCAGCCCCGACCUGGACGGCAAACCUACGGGUCCAACUGGUAUGAAGGCCUGGGUGGCCAACCCAAGCACGAGGGCUUCGGUUCAGAUGGUAUCGAAGAUUUCGGAAGUCCAAUUACUUCGUCUCUUGGUGGAGAUGGCGGAGAUGAUGAAAAGACCGACGAAGCAGCCAGCUGGCAAGUGUCGCACAAGCCGCGUACGACCGAGGAGCCACUGAGCAAGCGCCUAGAAAAUUUUUGGUCUGCAAGCAGAAAGCGAAACUCGUCCCGGCAGCCCAUCACUAUUGACUCUGACCCGGAGCCCCAAGUCGCCGAUCCUCAGCCCAAGGCCAAGCCUCGGAAACUGGGUCAAAUGCUUCCUCCUACUGGGCCUAGGAAGGUUGUUCUCCCUCAAAACAUGUCAGCGACUCCCAGGACACGUUUCAGUCCACCCAAACCCUCUCUUCUUGAACAACUUGACAAGAGACUCGAUAUAUCACCUACUCGCCACCACUCCCAGCCCCCGCCAGACCUUAGUCGGCCGCCCAGCGUCAUAGCCUACCGGGACCACACCGACAGUGACGGUGGGAGUGAUGAUGGCCUGGACCCCACCAUCCGCGCGGAUGAUAGACGAGAAAUCAGUCACUCAACCAAUCCCUUUGACAUGACCAGCCUAACCGAACUGGAUGUCGAUGACACCAUGCAGGAUCCAUUUUUUGCGCAAAAAUCGCAUGAGCACUCAGCCCGAGGCCGCCGCAACACUGUCAUUCAUAACAAAAAGCGACCGCUGGAAGCAGAUUAUCCCCCAGAAGUGCUCUAUCAAAAGUCUUUUUCCGAGCUGCAAGCCGAGCCAUUUGACAAGUCCCCCACACCUCCUCCCGUCAAAUCACCCUCCCUGCCGCCAAACCCACCACAUUUUGUCCCAGAUACCCACGAGCCAAAGAACGCUGUCUCUCAUCUCCUGGCUUUGACCGAACAAGAACGCCAAAUCUAUUUGUCUCAUAUGUCCAUGGAUGAAUGGGAGGAGUGCGGUGAUCAAAUGAUAGACCGUUUUACCCAUCUUCUCUCGGAAAUGAAAAAUCUUAGACGCGCUCGCCGCCACACAGCUGCUGUGUUUGAAGGCGAAGUCAAGCGCCGCCAUGAUCAGAUUGAAACUCAGAGUUCGGAGUUGACGAACAAAUUAACCGAGAUGAGAAGUGGAGGUGCAGAGGUUCUUCGCGGACGACACCCCUAG